GUCUGCGGAAAGCCGUUCGUUGCUCUCGCUCCCGUUACAACGAUGACUCUCGUCUAGCCGUUAGUGUCUGCUGGCCAUUUCCUGCUGAAAACAUGGAGCGGUACGACUCUGACGUCGAGAAAGACGAGCAGCAAAGGCCGCUCCUUCACCGAAGACUUCAGAGAGCGCCAGCAUGCUGUUCUUCACGCUACGGCUUGGCGUUGCUCUCCAGCUACGGAUUCUUCGUGGUCUACUCCCUGAGGGUGAACCUCAGCGUGGCGAUGGUGGACAUGCUCAACAACACCCACCAGUCCAGCAGCAACCACAGUGGCUCGGUGUGCACCCCCCACAACAACCCCGUACCACCCAAACACAACCAGUCGGCCGGUGUUUACAACUGGGACUCUGCGACUCAGGGAUGGAUCUUGGGCUCCUUUUUCUACGGCUACAUCCUGACACAGAUCCCCGGCGGCUACCUGGCCGGCCGCUGCGGAGCUAAGUGGCUGAUGGGAUUCGGCGUUCUGGGAACCGCCCUCUUCACACUGCUCACGCCCCUGGCCGCCAACCUGGGCGCGAGCUAUCUCAUUGUAGUGAGAGCGCUGGAGGGCGUCGGAGAGGGUGUCACGUUCCCUGCAAUGUACACCAUGUGGGCAUCAUGGGCCCCGCCGCUGGAGAGAAGUAGACUGCUCACCAUUUCAUACAUUGGAGCCCAGCUGGGGACGGUCGUGGCUCUGCCGCUGUCUGGUGAAAUCUGCUUCUACAUGGGCUGGCCCUAUGUCUUCUACGUCUUUGGUGCUGUUGGCUUGGUGUGGUUCGUCCUGUGGGCUUUCCUCGUCUUUGACAGUCCAAACAGUCACCCCCGGAUAUCAGAGCAGGAGAGGCUUUACAUCACCAACUCUCUGAAAAAUGAGCUGUCUACCUCUUCAAGCCACAUCCCCUGGCGAGCCAUCGUGACCUCUAUGCCGCUGAUGGCCAUCGUCGUAGCUCACUUUUCCUACAACUGGACCUUCUACACGCUCCUCACUCUCCUGCCGACUUACAUGAACGACAUCCUGGGGUUCAGCAUACAGCAGAACGGGUUUCUCUCCGCUCUGCCGUACCUGGGCUGUGCUCUGAUGGCCGUACUGAGCGGCCAAGUCGCCGAUUACCUGCGAGAGACUUGCCUUUACCCUACAGUCAUCGUCAGGAAGUCCUUCUCUCUGAUUGGUAUGAUCGGGCCCGCCGUGUUCCUGGUGGCAGCAGGUUUCACAGGCUGUAACUACAGCUUGGCCGUGACCUUCCUCACCCUCUCCUCUGCUCUGGGCGGAGUGUCGGCCUCCGGCUUUAACAUCAACCACCUCGACAUCGCUCCUUCGUAUGCCGGUAUCCUGCUGGGAAUCACCAACACUUUUGCCACCAUUCCUGGUAUGGUGGGACCCGUCAUAGCAAGAGCUCUAACACACAGUAACACUAUAGAGGAAUGGCAGACUGUGUUUUACAUCGCCGCUGCCAUCAACGUGUUUGGCGCUCUGUUCUACGCCGUGUUUGGACGAGGGACGGUUCAGCCCUGGGCCGUCCGUACAGCCUACUCCCACGGAGACUGAAAACGCUGCAUGUUGAAAACGCGACGAUUCUCUGAAUCGUCGCGUCCAUUCAGAGAACAAACUCUGUAAGAAAUUUGUGCUUGUUGAGCAGCAGAGUUCAUAUUUUGUGAAGAAGACCCAUAUUUUAAUGAUGUUAAAACCUGAUUUAAAACAUUUUACCCUGUGAUCUUAAGAUCUUAUUUUUUGUUCAGUAGAGAACAGUAGAAAGGGAAGCUGGUUUUAGUUAUAAGGUUGACGGUUUUGCAGCCACAGAUUAAAUGUUUGAGUUAAAAAGGCCAGUAAAUUAGUCUGCAUUGUAACCAGUCAUCUAUGCUUCAUUAGGAGCUUAGCACAGGCAAUGAAGCUACAGAAGCAAUAAUGUUAUCAUUGCUGUCAUUGUGUUGUUACUCAAAAAUCCUACAGUGAAUCCGUUUCUUUUUUUUUAAACCAACAAAGAUCUACACUGACGAGGGAGUUUUUUUUUCCUCACUGUUUUGUGCAACGUUUAGUAACACAUUUGUACCUUGACCUGUAAUUUGUCACGUUUUUAUCUACAUUUUAACUCUGUACCUGCCUCUUUUUGCAUAUUUGAGGUGGUUCGUUUUAAUACUGGACUGAAGAGUCGAGGUUUGUUUUACAGGUUUUUCUUUAGAAAGAAAAAAUAUCUGAGCUCUUCUAAAGAGAGGAAAGUAACUAGCCUUACAUCGACGUCGCCUUAAAAAGUCUUUGUUUCUGUUUGUUGCGGUUGCCUUUUUUUGUGACGUCAAUGUGUUUCGAGAAUUAUGUCUUAAUGUUUACUUUUUUAUUUCUUUGUUUAAUUGAGGGAUCCCCGGGGCCCUCCUUGUAGUCGACGAUGCUCAUCAAAUGAGAAAAAUGGGUUACAAUAUUUCUUGAAAUUAAGCUUUUUGUUUCUCGAUAAGGGAAUUACAGUGAAACUCUAAGUCAGUGAUUCAAAGGAAGGGCACUUUUUUCUCAGUGUUUUAUGCCAUAUGUGGAUUGAAAAGUCAAAUAGUUUCAGUGUCAAUUGAAUUAGAUCUAAUUUCUUAAAAUUAAGUUUACUUUAGUUUCUUUUUCAAUUGACAAAUUUAAACUUGUGAAACCAAUAUGUUAUUAAUAUUGCUUUUCACAAGAAGCACCACAAUGGGAGUAGAAACAAUGCACUUAUGCCUUAAUUAAGACACUCAAGCCUUAAUUAAGACACUUAUAAUCCAGCUCUUUAGACAUAUUCUGAUUAUGUAUGUAUAUAUAUAUAUAUUUUACAUUUUUAUUUCUGUGUUGAUAUACAAGGAAUCAAAGGGACUUUGUAUUGUGCUGCACAGUAAACAGAUAUGAUGGUAAAUAAUUGUAAUGGAAACAUUCCAGAAAAAUGUCUUUAUUCAUGUUAAUAGAAUUGUAUCAAAUACAGCCAGUGACAAAUCUGA